GCGCCGGGGGCAGACGCGGCCGCUGUUCGCUUGCUCCGUGCCACCCAGCCUCGCCGCUCGCGUCGUGCCGAAACACAGGUUCCUCCUGUGGGAAGACCGGUUCUCGCUGCUGCUGGAACACGUCUUGACGCCGGUUGAUCCUCAUCUGCAGAUGUGCCGCGGGCUGGUGGUGGGCUGCUGGCUGAUGGUCGCCCUGGCGCAGCAGCGACUCGCCGCCGCUGUGACGCCCGCCCCGCACCAGCCCUCUCCUGCUCCGGGCGUGACGUGCUACACGUGCGUGAACGUGUCGGACAACCUGAUCUGCAACCAGUACGCCAUCGACCGGCCCUGUCCGCACGGGGACGAAUUCUGCCACACACUUCACGUAAUGGAUUCACAUGGAGAGAGUGUUGUCGUCAACAAGAAGUGCGCCAACGGAACCGAGUGCACGCCCCAGAGGGUUGGCUGUGUCGUGAUCGACGCGCAGAGGGUAUGUGUCUCCUGUUGUGACGAAAUGUACUGCAACGAGGCUGUUCCGACUAACCAUAGCACUGCUGUGUUCUCCAACACAAGAACCCGCUCAGCGGAGAAAGCUGUUGAGAAGAAUGUCAGCAACAGAUGCAGCGUGCGUGGGCUUCCCUUCUGUGACUUCAUCAUGGUAGCACUGAUGCUGUAUCACAUUCUGUAAUACACAAAAUGGAACUUUAAAAAUUGGUGUUGAACCGCUAACUAUAUCAUGAAUACUGAAACGAAAUUUUGUUUCAAAGGAUUAUAUAAUUAUAAGACAAAAAUUAAAAAUUAACGUUAUUUGUGACCUCACUUACCAAAGGGAAGAUGUGACGUUUCAGUGUCAGCAAUUAACGGAAGACAGUAUUUCCUUUUAUAUCACAAAGUAUAAAAAUGAUAACUAUUGUCAGAACAAUCAUUCCAGAAUAAUUCGAAACAUGUUAUUAGACACUUCAUAAUUUUACCCCUUUUCUUCCGAACAUCGAGUCCGGUUAUAGCCUCCAUCACAUUAUUACAUUGAGGUGCUGGGGAAAAAAUGCACCUUCAUGGAAUGGCAAGAGUUGUAACACUUUAAAUACAACUACAAAAUUACAGUAAAGAAAUUCCUAAAAACUUGGAAAAACAUCAGCCUUAAAUUACUGUUAAGUAUUUUAUGUUUCUCGGCAGCCAUUGGAUAACACUUUUGUAAGUAUUUUUAGCAUUUUAUUAUGCACAGCACGGAUCACUAAUUAUUCACAGCUAUUAAAAUAGCAGAAAACUGUAAACCAAUUACAUGCUUUAUAACAGUGGCAGACGACUUCGCCACGUACUACACAAACGCUCUGAACUUUCCUUGAGCUAUUCUGAACUGUCCGCAUCUGCUGUCGUGCUUCAUUUCACAAUCGUUCUCCGUCACUAAUUGUUGUUUUUUAAAUAACUGGACCACUGCCGGAGAUAACAAAAGUAUGUAAACUUGCUUAAUCUGUUUCAUAUGCUUCCUUGGAUCCCCAGAAGGCUUACCAUUGUACUAUAAUUCACUGUCUACUAACUGACUUUGCAGAAAUGUGAAAGUUCCAUAUUACCACUGAAAAUGUUUUUGCAAUUGUCAUUGUUGAUUGUUGUCAUUGUUAAUGUUUCUCUAAAUUCUGCUAACUUCACUGCCAGUAUUUUAAAUGUUCACUUAUUUAGCCUCCAACCUUAGUUUUGUUUCCGUAACUUAAGAUAGAGAAUAGCACAUAAUUUCUUCUUUCGGUCCAUUUUAUUUUCUACAAAUAAAAUAUUGUUGCUCUUACUUCCUUGACUAAUACCAGAUUUGUAGGAAGCUUCUACAUACUGCUGGAAUAUUUCUCAAGUCACGUAAUUUUCUCAGAAAUCCGUGUUCAUAUGAACUGAGUUUAUCGCAAACCAUGUGAGUCAGAGUUUAUGUGACACAAACAAUCACCUCCUGACCCAUCACUGAAAGGAUCAAUGUUUGUAUACUACGUAAAGGAAAACUUUGCUAAAGUACACAGUGUGAAAAUGUGGAGUGGACUUGUCAGAUCUGUAAACUGUAAACCAGUAUGAGAACUCUGGAUAGAGCCAAACGCAACAUAAACGUCAUUUCACAUAUUAGGCAUUGUAAAACUCAUAUACAGUAUACAACCAGCUCACGAUUACCACUGCCAUUAUAAAUCGUGUUUGAGAAUCCAAUUCUGGACAACAAAUAUCGAAGAUAACCUUUCAUUUCAUAAUUCACUUACUUUAGAUACGGUCAUGUUUAAGAAUCGAAUGUAGAUAAAGUAGAAGAUAAGUUUUAACUUCAUACUUCAUUUAAUUCAAAUAGAGCUAAUAAUUUAAUAACAUGAUAGAAAACGGAAUAAGGAUGCCUGGUGCAAAUAAAAGAAACCAAAAUCUUCCAUGAAGAGAGAUACGGAAGUUUUUCUAAGAAAUAGAACUCCCUUCGUCUCAUUUUUCAGCUCUAUUAGGGGUUUCUUUAUUCAUAGUUACCAACUGGGCUUAUUUUUCGCUCUCUUUCUUAUACCCCCGCUAUUCCGCUACAAGAAAAAUAUACAUUAACAAGUAACAUUUUACAAAAUUGUUGAGGCUUUUGUGGCCACUUGUUGACAAUCUGCCUGUUGGCUCCUGUCUCGGGUUCUUCGGGCGACGUUCAUUAAUGAUUUUACUGACGUUUCGCCAGCACAAGUGGCUGGCAUUGUCAAAGCUUCACCCUCCACUGUUCACCACCGGCGAUGGAGGGUGAAGCUUUGACAAUGCCAGCCACUCGUGAUGGCGAAACGUCAGUAAAAUCAUUAGAUGAACGUCGGCCGAAGAACUCGAGACAGAAGCCUAUAGGCAGUUUGUCAAGUAACAUUUUAUUUUAUUUCUCAUAUUUUGAUAUUAUAAACCAAUAACCAGAAGUGUUUGAGAAUUUGCUGUUUUUCUAUUGUCGACUGCAAAUUUCCUACUGUCACAUCUUUACUUAGGUAAAUGAUGGUUCACUUACUACCUCAUGGAUUUGGUAUUGUUUAGUUUCUGUAAAAAUAGGGACCUGUUUCAAGUGUUUGUUUUUUACUAGAGAAAAUAUCUAUUACUUUUGUAUCUAAAUUUAAAUACAAGUCAUUCAUCCUGAGUUUUGUCAUACACUAAAGCUUUGGGGAGAAAAUCAAGAUAAAUAUAUUUUUGAAAUACAUUAGUAGGAUAAUAACAAAAACAAAUGUGAAAGUGCGGAGUUGUACAACUGUAAUACAAAAUUUAUGUCAAACUUUGUCUUACUGUUUAUCACACACGGUAUUUUUAUUUUUAAGAAAAGGUUCUUCCUGGAGUUAAGAUGUUUUGUAAAUACACUAAAAUUAUAUCGACAUGCAGGGUAAAUAGGAAUAUAUGUAUAUAUAUAUUUUUAUGCUUCUCAAAAGUUGUGCUGCUGGGAUUGUGUGAGCAGAUUCGACCUUACUAAUGGCCACACGAAGUAUUGGUUGAAAUGUUUGACAAAACUAUUAUAUGAUGGUUUGAAAUGGUGUCCUGUCACAUCUGGAUUCCAGAGAUAUCUCCACUGGUAUAUAGACAACCUUGAACAUACACUUUCCGCAUGAAACUUCAUGGCAUCUCAUGUGUAAAGCAAACUUCACAACGAUUACAAAAACAGUUAAUCUGCUUUAAAAAAAACUGAAAUGUCUUAAAUAAUGGUUGCCGUAACACAUUGUUUCAUAAGGGAACUGGGUUCCGACUGAGAAGGUAAAAUACCACUUACGUUCAGAAUCUGACUGGUAAAACAGGCUAAAAAUUCUUCAU